AGCUCAGUUGUUAUUGAAACACGUGAGAGACAAGAUUGUAUUUUUCGUUCGCUAUCAGUAUUAUACCGUGGUGUUGUGUAUAUCUGUGAUAGAUUCCAGUGUUUAUAAAAUCUAAAUCAUGGAGUCACCCGUAGUUUUGGAUAAGCCGCCCGAAUAUCGUUAUGAGCGCGGUUUUCCGUUUGAUGAGGAGGAAGGCAGCGGAGCGUGGAGCGAGCUCGCGUCCCGGCAUCCGGAUAUAGCGGCGCGCCUGAGACAGCGGCCGGCCACGUGGGCCAGGAAACGAAGACCGUCUAGUCAGGACGGCAUUGAUGAUACAGCCGACGGCUUCGGUGGAUUUGACAGAUUCCCGUUUGACGAUAUACCGCCAGAGUUUAGAGAACACUUCCCUUCACAUUGGAACAGAAGAUUUGGUUCUAGAGACGAGCAGUUUCAGCCAGAACCACAAACUCAUCAGCCCCAAUCACCGUCGCAACAGACAGCGGCCACACAGACUGAACAAGACGUAGGAUCUCCAAAAGAGGAACAGGUUCCCUUGCCACAGUACGGUUUAAGAAAUACUGUCGAUCUAGGACAGAAGAGUGCGACUGAUCCCAGUGUAGUUGAUGCAGACGAGAGGAAUCAGAGGUCAAUGUCAGCACCUCCCGAUCAUCGCACUGUAAAUCAGAAUAGCCACAAGAUGAGCGGUCAAAAUCAACAGGAUCAACAUCAUUCACAGUCUGAGCAGUCCUCUAAUGUUAGACACAUACCAAUAUAUGUAGAGGGUAGGGAUGAACCAGUAAUAAAUAAAACUGUAGAUCAUGGGACUCAUUUCGCUGAUACAAAGCCUGCAUACGUGCCACCCCCACAGCCGCAUAUCGAUAGAGAAAAUUAUUUUGCAGAUGAUGGACCCGUAGGGUUCCCAUUCGCAAAGAGCUUUGACAGACCUUUCUUUAGACAAUCUGCUCAACCGUUCUCGAAACAGAAGAUGUACCCUCAGUCUGCAUUCGCCCGCGGCGCCUCGCCCCAGAGAUCCCAGUCACCGAAACCACAGAAUUAUCAGGAGCAGACUUCUCCCAAAACUGAAACUCCGUCCAGGCAACAACAAAAACCAUCUCCGCAGCAGAGGCAGGCUCCUCAACAGAAGGCGACACCAUCUCAGCAACGCGCCACUUCACCACAGGCUCCCCCUCCCUGUAAAGAAAAUCAACCACCUCCCCAGUGCAACCAAACACAACCGCCUCCCCAACAAGCUCAUCCAGCCAAUGACCCCAUUUCCCAGAUUCUCAGUAUUCAAACUGACGUCUUGAACCUAAUGACAGAAGUGGAAAACUUUAAAGGGGCCAAAAACGACAAACAAUACCUAUUCCUAGACGAGAUGUUAACUAGGAAUCUAAUCAAAUUAGAUAAUAUUGAAACAGAAGGAAAAGAAAACAUAAGGCUGGCUAGGAAAGAGGCGAUCAAAUGUAUACAGAAAUGCAUAGCUGUCCUCGAAGCGAAGGCCGAGAGCAAUGCUGCCGCUGCUAAAGCUGCCGCGCAACCUCAAGAUGUUGAAAUGAAUAAUCCUGAAAAACCAAAUGUUCAAAAUGGUGAUGUCGAAAUGAAAGAAACAACCAAAGAAGAAGCGAUAGCAGAGCCUCAAACGGAACCCCCAGCACCUGCUCCAGAAGCACAAGUACAUAACGAGGAAGAGAUUAAAAUAGAACAAAAACCUUUAGAGGACAACAAAGAAGAGGUGCAACCUGAGAAGGUAAAGGAAGCUGAGGAACAACCACAAGCAGCCGAUACGCGACCCGAAGAACCUAAAGAGCAAGCGAAUACAAAGAAACCAGAACCAGUUCACACUGAAAACGCGAAGAAAACUUCCCCUAAGAAAACUGUAAAGAAACGCGACAAAAGUAAAGAGAAUAAAGAAAAGAAAAACGAAGAAGUGUUAGAACAGAAAAAAGAUGCGGAGAGUGAGAAAGAAGAGAAACAGGCCGAGGAAUUAAAAGAAAAUGUCGAAAAUAUAGAAAAGGACGCUAAAGAAAAUGUUGUUAAAAGUGAAGAAAACAAAGAGAACGUAGAAACAAUGCACAUUGACUCGAAGGGUGAUUCAGACAAGGCUAACUCUCAAGAAAUGGAAGUGGACGCUGUCGCUAGUCAAUAAAAUUUAGUUUGCAUUAGUGAAUUGUUUGUAGAUACACGGUUAGCGCCGCCGCACGAGGCCUACACCGGCCUGUCAUGUUCAUGUUCUUUGUGCCUUGUGCUAUUUAACACUGGUGUUGCCACAUAUAUUAUUUAUGUUUGUACAUUUUGUUUUUUUUUUUAAUAAAACAAUGCAUUAGGUAUGCUGAUUUCGUCCUCUAGGAUUUACAACGUUUUCCCUUAACUUUAAAUCCAAAUAUUUAAUUAAUUUAUUGUUUAUCGUUACUGAUAACAGUUCUCUUAAUAAAAUAUAUGAAUCUACGAA